AUUACCCCGCCUCUUGACCGAUCCCGGUAUAAGAAAUAGAGGUGACCUCCGAAACAAGUGGCAGAGCGACGCAUUGUGUUUGCAGGACGAAAUCUUACACUAUGGCUGAGCCUAUCCGAGUUCUGGUGACCGGCGCUGCUGGGCAGAUCGCCUAUUCCCUGCUGUUCGGCAUUGCCAAGGGAGAUGUGUUCGGCAAAGAUCAGCCCAUUUCCCUGGUGCUGCUGGACAUCACUCCCAUGCUGCCCGCGCUGGAGGGCGUGGUCAUGGAGCUGCAGGAUUGCGCGCUCCCACUUCUGAAGGAGGUCAUCCCAACAGACAAAGAGGAAGUUGCGUUUAAGGACCUGGAUGCUGCCAUUCUGGUGGGCUCUAUGCCCAGGAAGGAGGGAAUGGAGAGGAAAGACCUGCUGAAGGCCAACGUGGCCAUCUUUAAGUCUCAGGGCGCAGCGCUGGAUAAGUACGCCAAGAAGACGGUCAAGGUUCUUGUGGUGGGAAACCCAGCCAACACCAACUGCCUGAUUGCGGCUAAAUCAGCUCCGUCUAUCCCCAAAGAGAACUUCUCCUGCCUGACUCGCCUGGACCAUAACCGUGCCAUGGCUCAGGUGGCAAUACGCUGCGGUGUCCCGGCCAACAACGUGAAGAACGUGAUCAUUUGGGGGAACCACUCAUCCACCCAGUACCCUGACGCGCACCACGGCAAGGUCAACGUGGGGGGCAAAGAGGUGACCGCGUACGACGCCGUCAAGGACGACAACUGGCUGAACGGAGACUUCAUCUCUACGGUUCAGCAGCGUGGAGCGGCGGUCAUUAAAGCUCGCAAGCUCUCCAGCGCCAUGUCUGCUGCCAAGGCCAUCUGUGACCACAUGAGGGACCUGUGGAGCGGCACUGCCGAGGGCGAGUUUGUCUCCAUGGGCGUGUACUCGACCGGAAACUCCUACGGCGUUCCUGAUGAUCUUAUCUAUUCAUUCCCCGUCACCAUCAAGGGUAAAACCUGGAAGAUCGUCGAGGGUCUGUCCAUCGACGACUUCUCCAGAGCCAAGAUGGACGCCACGGCAGCCGAGCUGGUCGAGGAGCGAGACACCGCCACCUCCUUCCUCGGCGUGUGACUGACUCGAGCCCAGAACACACACCUCCGCCCAGACGCACGUCUGUGAAACCCCCCAAAAAGCACUCCAUUGUUGUCUCUCUUUCAUCUUUUUUUCUUUCAAAAAUACAUCUGUAGAAAUUCUUUAGAUCACAUAUAGGCACAGGAAUGUGUGUAUGUAUGUUGUAACAUAGGAACCUGUAGGUUCUAGGUGUCUAGAAUUCAGGUCGUGUUUUAAUUCGGUGCCUGUUGCUGUCGCUCUUAUAUUUGAGAAUUUGCACAAAUAAGUCGGUCAGGGUGAGAAAGUAGCCAUGAAGUCUGAUAGGUCACAUAGACAGUACAGUAUAUUAAGGUCAAUAAGCUCUCUCUCUGUCUUGCGCGCUGUAUGUGUAUGUUCUUGUCAAGCCUCCAAAAAAAACUUGGUUUGUUAAAGUACAUCACCAGUUAAACAUGAAAUUUCCCAUGAUGCAUGGGUGUCAAAUUACUGUACCAGACAGAUGUUCAAUAAACAAGUAAAAAAUUGAUGUCAA